ACUGCAGAUUCUGGACGUGCGUAAUGUGAUGGUGGUCGUGUCUCGGUGGUACGGAGGUAUUUUGUUGGGUCCUGAUCGUUUUAAACACAUUAACAACUGUGCCAGAAACAUCCUGGUGGAGGAGGGGUACACUGCCUCCAUGGAUGAAGCCUCAAAAUCAGGCAGAAAGAGCAAAAAGAACAAAAGCAAGAAGACUAAAUGAGUUUCAACAGAAGAUCAUUUCUUUCAACUUGUUCAGUUUAAUGCAGUAAAAAUCCUCUUGUCAUUUAUCUCCYGCAGUCACAAACCAUGUCCUGGAUCAGUUUUAGCUGGGAUUAGUUUAUAAAACCUUCUGUGAAGUGCAAACUGGAUGAAUUAAAGCAAACUUUGACAUUAA